GUCCGAAGAACAUAACGAGCAGGUACAAAAGCGAGAGCGACAAAUUAAGCAGCUUCUUGUUGCCGUGGACGCGCUGGAGAACGGGAGCGCAUAGAAACCUGCCGCUGGAAAGAUGACUCGGUAGACGAACAAACGUGCCGGGCAGUCGACUCAUUGUCAUUCUGAGCGUCGUGUGAAAGAGGAAGGAGGAAGAAUAAAAGGCAUCGCGAGGAGGGGAGGGGUGAGGCGACGGCGGCAGCCCUGUUGUUUUUGCAGCAGGCCUGCCCGCGCCAACAGAACAGGUGGAAGGCAGGAAAGAGAGCAGGUGUGGCCAAGCCUCCUCUUCAUCUGUUUGCUGUUGACCUUUUUACCCCCUCCCACCCCCAGUGCCCCCCCAUCAAUCCAAGGGAUUAUUUUUGUUUCAUCGCUCAAUAAAGACGGAAGCCUGCAAAUUCCUUCGUGUCCCUUGCACGCGCCCCUGCCCUUGCAGCUCCUAAGUGACACACCAUGCGGCCCUGUGGCCCCCUCUCGGCCGCCCCCCUUGGCUGAAGCGCUCAGAAAGCUCAGAUCUCGGUGCCAGAUCUCCCCCUUCUUCUCCUGCUGUGACGCUUCUGAUUGCCAUCUUCAUUCCUUCUGUGGCAGUACAGGCAGCCAGCAGACCGUUCUCCAUGAGGAGCAGUAGAAGAUGCCGGCUCUGCCAGCACUGCUGCUGUCAAUACACUUGCUGUCCUUCCUGCUGCUAGCCAACAUGCCGCCACGUUCGCUCUGUCAGACUCACGUGCUCUCUGCCGUUCGCUUGGCGGCCAUUUUGGAUGACCAGUCUGUGUGUGGGCGCGGCGAGCGUCUGGCGCUGUCGCUGGCCAGGGAAAACAUCAACAGCCUGAUGGAGGGCCCGGCCAGAGCUCGAGUGGAGGUAGACAUCUACGAGCUGCAGAAAGACUCCCAAUAUGACACCACUGACACCAUGUGUCAGAUUCUACCCAAAGGUGUGGUUUCGGUGAUCGGGCCCGCCUCCAGCCCAGCGUCCGGCUCCACUGUCAGUCACAUAUGCGGUGAGAAGGAGAUUCCGCAUGUGAAGAUCGGUCCAGAGGAGACGCCCCGCCUGCCGUACCUGCGCUUUGCCUCGGUCACCUUGUACCCCAGCAACGAGGACCUGAGUCUGGCCAUCGGGGCCAUCCUGCGCUCAUUCAGCUACCCGUCGGCCAGCUUGCUCUGUGCCAAGGCGGAAUGCCUGCUGAGAUUGGAGGAACUGGUGCGCCGCUUCCUCAUCUCCCGCGAGACGCUGUCAGUCAGAAUGCUGGAUGACAGCCUGGACCCGACCCCGUUGCUGAAGGAGAUCCGUGACGACAAAGUCGCCACCAUCAUCAUUGACGCCAACGCCUCCGUCUCCUACCUCAUCCUCAAGAAGGCGUCAGAGCUGGGCAUGACGUCACCGUUCUACAAGUACAUCCUCACCACAAUGGACUUCCCUCUCAUGAGGCUGGAUGACAUCGUGGACGAGCAGUCCAACGUGGUGGGCUUCUCCAUGUUCAACACCAGCCAUCCCUUCUACCUGGAGUUCAUCCGCAGCCUCAACCUGUCAUGGAACGAGGGCUGCCACCUGUCCUAUCCCGGCCCGGCGGUCAGUCCCUUUCUGUCGUCGGCGCUGAUGUUUGAUGCAGUGCACGUGGUGGUGGGGGCGGUGCAGGAACUCAACCGCAGCCAGGAAAUCGGAGUGAAGCCGCUCAGCUGCACCUCACCUCAGAUCUGGCAACACGGGACCAGUCUUAUGAACUACCUGCGCAUGGUGGAGUACGACGGCCUGACGGGACACGUGGAGUUCAACAGCAAAGGUCAAAGGACCAACUACACCCUGAGGAUCCUGGAGAAGCACCGAGGAGGCCACAAAGAGAUCGGGAUCUGGUUCUCCAACAACACCCUGGCAAUGAACUCCACCAGCCUGGAUAUUAAUGUGUCGGAGACGCUCGCCAACAAGACCCUCAUUGUCACCACCAUUCUGGAAAACCCGUACGUGAUGCGUAAGGACAACUACCAGGACUUCCUGGGCAACGAGCAGUACGAGGGCUUCUGCGUGGACAUGCUGAGGGAGCUGGCUGACAUCCUCAAGUUCUCCUUCAAGAUCAAGCUGGUGGACGACGGGCUGUACGGCGCCCCCGAACCCAACGGCUCCUGGACGGGCAUGGUUGGAGAGCUUAUCAACAGAAAAGCCGACCUAGCCGUGGCGGGCUUCACCAUCACGUCGGAGCGCGAGAAAGUGAUUGACUUCUCCAAGCCCUUUAUGACCUUGGGGAUCAGCAUCCUCUACAGGGUUCAUCUGGGUCGUAAGCCAGGUUACUUCUCCUUCCUGGACCCUUUCUCGCCGGCCGUCUGGCUCUUCAUGCUGCUCGCCUACCUGGCUGUGAGCUGUGUGCUCUUCUUGGCUGCAAGGCUGAGCCCUUACGAGUGGUACAACCCUCACCCGUGUCUGCGAGAGCGCCGGGACAUGCUUGAGAACCAGUACACGUUGGGCAACAGCUUGUGGUUCCCCGUCGGCGGCUUCAUGCAGCAGGGCUCAGAAAUCAUGCCCAAGGCCUUGUCCACCAGAUGUGUCAGUGGAGUGUGGUGGGCGUUCACUCUCAUCAUCAUCUCGUCCUACACGGCCAACCUGGCCGCUUUCCUGACCGUGCAGAGGAUGGAGGUCCCCAUCGAGUCCCCUGACGACUUGGCCGACCAGACCAACAUCGAGUACGGGACCAUCCACGGAGGGAGCACCAUGACGUUCUUCAUGAACUCUCGCUACCAGACGUACCAGCGCAUGUGGAACUAUAUGAACUCCAAGCAGCCCAGCGUGUUCGUCAAGAGCACGGAGGAGGGCAUCGCCCGCGUGGUAAACUCCAAGUACGCCUUCCUGAUGGAGAGCACCAUGAAUGAGUACCACCGCGGCCUCAACUGCAACCUGACGCAAAUUGGAGGCCUGCUGGACACCAAGGGCUACGGCAUCGGCAUGCCGCUGGGUUCGCCGUUUCGAGACGAGAUCACGCUGGCCAUCCUCCAGCUGCAGGAGAACAACAGGCUGGAGAUCCUGAAGAGGAGGUGGUGGGAGGGAGGGCAGUGUCCCAAGGAGGAGGACCACCGGGCCAAAGGCCUAGGCAUGGAGAACAUCGGCGGCAUCUUUGUGGUGCUCAUUUGCGGCCUGAUCAUUGCCGUGUUUGUGGCCAUCAUGGAGUUUGUAUGGUCGACGCGCCGCUCGGCAGAGACCGAUGAGGUAUGCCCCCAUACCUGCCCUCGCCGAACCCGCGGACACACCCCAGUGUCUGUCUGUCAGGAGAUGAUCACCGAAUUCCGAAACGCUGUCUCCUGUAAGAAGAGCGCUCGACUGCGCCGUCGGCGCCCGCUCAGCGGCUCGGCAGCGGCCCUGCGCCACCCCGGCCGUAUUUCCCUGGGAGCCCCGCGGCCCUUACGCCUGGUCCGUGAGAUGCGCCUCAGCAACGGCAAACUCUACAGCGGAGCCGGACCCCUAACGGGCGGGGCCGGAGGAGGAGGCGGCGCGGGGCCGCCCGAUCUGGGCCCGGGUCCUCAGCGGCUCCUGGAAGAGCCCCUCGGCGCCAACGCCACACCUCCCCCACCGGCGCCCACCCCAGUCAUGCUGCCCAGCCGCGGUUGCACCCACGUGAGGAUCUGCCAGGAGUGCCGCCGCAUCCAAAGCUUGCGAUCAGACGGCGGUUUGGCGUCGACCGUCACCAGGAUACCACCAUCGUCGGCGCCCCUGCCGCGGCUGCCCCCGCCGCCUCCCCCGUCUUCGUCCAAUACGGACAGCGAGGGUGGCGGGGGUCCCAGCCCCAGGCGGCUGCAUAGUCCCCCGCACCACACCGCCCGGCCCAUUCCUCUUCAGCAGAACCUGAACAAAGCGGACCUACUGGGGGACCAGGCCUGAGAGUAGAACCAAAAAAAAAAAAAACGGGCAGUUGAAAGGAUGGGAAAAAAAAAAAAAGCGGCUACAAAACCAUGUAAACUGGAACCCGUUGUGUGGUUGACCUUGAAGCCUGCCUCGCAUGCGCUUUUGAGCACUCCCAUUUGGACAAAGACUGAUGAUGGAAGUGCUCAUGGCCAGAUCGAGCUUCUGAUUCUUUCCCUCACGUGAGCGAGGAUUUUUUUCUUUUCUUCCACAGACACUUCCUGGAAGCUAACCGCCCUGCUCACUGGACAACGUGUUGUACCUGUAUGCCGUUUGAAAUCAACACAGAAAGACUUCCUGGGGAUUAUUCCAUGUUUUGUUCAUUUUUUUGUUUCGUUUUGUUGCCGUUUGUUCCGAGUGGGACUUCAAUUAAAAGCCUUCUAUGUGACAAUUGCGGUGCUUCGCGACAACAAGAAACAUGACUGCGGCUAAUUGCGUUGGAGAGUUUUGUGUCCCUCCCUUCGUCGCUCUGGGAAGGAUGGAAGACUUCGGUCUGUAGUUCAAUCUUGCCGGUGUGUGCGCGUCUUCAAAGAGUGUGAGGAGAACUCGUGACGAGCAGCAUGGCACCCUUCUGUUAGUCGAGCGGGAGACUUCCAAAUGGGAAAUGAAUGUCACUCGUUAUCGGGCUCCCUUCCCCGGGAGAUAGAAAGUAUGGCAGAAAGAAGCUUAAAAAAAACAGUGAGGACUUUAUCCACUGCAAUUAGAUGGGUCCUGAUCCUUUAAUUCUGGGCAUCUUUUUAAAAGGGUUUGUUCACACGCCAGCAAGCUGUGACUGCAGCUCCAGACUUGGCCGUCCGGCUCGAUCGUCGAUAGCGUUUCAAGCUUUUGAUUGCCUAACGACUCCCCUCGCCCGGCUGAUGGGGAAGCGCGUCAGAACGUUGCCCGUUGGAACGGUGGCAUACCGCCGACUGGACGCAGAGGGAAUACGUUUUUAUCAGUCGCUGGGGCCAAACGACGACGCUCUGUUUUUUUCCAUCGCGAGCUGUUAAUGUCACAGGCACUUUGGUUUUGAGCAAAACCCUCAAGCGGUCGAUGCGCUUGAAAGUUUGCAACGUGAACGCUCGCUCGAUGAGGCAAAAGCAGAACGGCCGAGUCCCCGCUUCAGCCCGUGAAAAUCAUUUGCUCAGCUUGACUUUCAAUAGCGGUGACAUUUUGAACAUCUGUCAAUGUCUGUCUGUUUUUUUAUGCUAAAUGGAUGUUGCCAUGGUCGCUGCCAGUCACCCAUUUGGGGGAAUCUGGUUAACUUCAAACGGUUUCAAAGAACUGCAAGACCUCCUUGACUGCUAAGCUAACGGCCUGAAGCUAAACGCCAACCCUUUAACCAUUACCUGCCAACCACGAAACCAAGAGCACCAAACCCUUUAAAGAUCUCCCACCAACGGCAUGAGCAAGUUGCUACCCUUAAAUGGGUUAGCAGGCGUAGUUGGCCAAGCCCUCAAAUUUAAUCGCUUAAACUCUAAAAUCUUGACAGCCUAACUAUGCCACCGCCAACUCCGAUUGAUCCCCCGUAUCAUGCCUACUCACCAAAGCCUCUGCUAGCCUGAACCUUAAUACCUGACCCCUUACCCUUGCCCCAGAACAAACGACCCCAAGGCCGUUGAUCCUUUACCCUUUGAUCAAAAUUCGAGUCUCCUAACCCCUUCCAAAGCACAGACAUCCUUUAAACCUGUCCCCGAGUACAAGAUGACAAAAACCAAAUGUCUCUCUUCAGUCAGCAAAGGCCCAAUCGUCAGAAAGAUUAGCGUCAACGAUUAUUUUAGCCCGAUCUGUUCAGAAAACAAUCGCUAGUGUAAAAAACCUAUUUGAAGGAUGGACUCCUUGGUUGUGCUAUGCUAACACUUAGCCUAGCUUUUCCCGUUCAUUCCACUUUGUCUUUUUGGAUUUUCUGUCAGUUUGGAUGCCCUGUGGCACUCUGCUGCCUCUGUCAGGUCAUUCUUGGUACUACAAAUUCCCUUCUUCUGUGUGCGGUGUUGCUCAUCUCGAGUCCACCAGAGGCCGAGAGCUUAAAGUGCGGCAAUUUUUCUUCUCAUGCCGGUCUCUGAUGUUAGAUGUUCAAAGUUGUAAUGUGUGCAAGGGUAGGCUUCAUCUUGGAUGUCAAGAAAACAAAACCCAUUUUCCGCAAAUCACAGCACUUUGAGAACAGCCACCUUCUCCAAGAGCGUUUUGCACACUGUGCUCUCUGUGUAGGUUUGAUGGCCUUUUGUGUUCUCUUUCCAUUUCUGUGCCGGCAUCAAACCAACACCAUGAUGAAGCUGUCAAGAAGAUCAAACAUACCGUCUAUGAACUACGGGCUCAAUACGAAACGCAAGAGGGAGGGAGGGAGGGAGGUCGGGCGGCUCACAAAACAAAUAGAAGAGUCUCAGGCGGUCACUCACGCAAGAGGGCGGGCGCUCUCUUCUUUUUGUUUCUUUCUUUUGGAUGGAAUUUGUUUUCAUAUUUCUAUACUAGUGCUAAAUGGAUUAUUGAAUAUUCUGACGACAUUGUCGUCACUCUUCCUGUUGCUGAACAAGAUGUUUAUUGUGUGUGUGGGUGAUGGCGGCAGGAGGGAGGAGAGAUGAAGUCCCUUGGUCCGCCCCGUUGUGCAAAGCUCAUAGACAGAUCCAACUUGUUUUGCAAUAAAAAUAUUCAAACAGACAUCACCGACA